CAAGGACACUGAGGAUCCACCAGCAGCUCUGGAAAGGACAUUUGAGUCCCCAAGCCCCUCCUCACUACUGCCUUGAUGUCCUCAUUCCCUGCCAACACCUCAUUCCCCACCAACACCACCACUGCCCCUGUCCCCGGCGCAGCAGUAGGGCUGGCCCUGCUGUCGGUGGCAGUGGUGAUGGGGCUGCCAGGCAAUGCCAUCGUCCUCUGGAGCUGUGCCAUCACCCACCGGCGCAGCGUCCCUGUCCUCCUCAUCUUCCACUUGGCCUUGGCCGACAUGGUCACCCUCCUCACCGGUCCCAUUUACAUCCGGGCCUUGAGCAUUGGCCAAUGGAACAUGGGUUUGGCCGUCUGCCGUGGGUGCAACUACCUCUGUGCCGCUGCCAUGUAUGUCAGCAUUUUCCUCAUCGCUUUUCUGGGUCUCCAUCGGUGCUUGGUAGUCUCCAGGCCAGCGACGACGGUGGUGACAGCAGGUGACCGUGCUGGAAGGUUGGCUCAUGGAGCAGCAAUUGUGACUUGGUUGGUAGCUUUGGUGUUGGCCACCCCAUCCAUUCCCUUCCACCAGGUGAAGGACAGGCACUGCAAGCGGCUGCAUGGCACAAAGGCUUGGUUGGUGGUCCACAACCUUCUGGAGACCAUCUUGGGUUGGGCCCUACCGUUGACCACCAUAGCUGUCGGCUACGGGCUACUGAUCUGUCGGUUACGCCAGACCCGCUUGGCCCGGCGUCAUCACACCUUCCGGCUGGUGGCUGCUGUGGUGGUGGCCUUCGCCGUCACAUGGGGACCUUACCACUUGGCCAGCUUGUUGGAGGUGGCAGCAGUCCUCCAAGGGGAUGGGGGGAUCUUGGAAGUGGCUGCCAAAGCCACACGGCCACCAGCCACUGCCUUGGCCUUCCUCAGCAGCGCAAUGAACCCCCUCCUCUAUGCCUGUGCUGGACGGGGCCUGCGCCACGGCACCAUGGGGUCUCUCCUGCCGCGGCUCCUGGAGAUCUCGGCCAUUGCUGGCAGCUCCCGAGGGACCACAGCCAAGGGGACCACCCCCCACAUCACACAGAGCCAUUUCCCCACAAUCACAUGA